AUGGCGGGCCUCGAUCACAUUGCUAGCUCGCUCUCUCAAGACGAGAUUCCCUUCAAGCUGCGGUGCGCCAUCUGCAGCAAGCUCGCCUGGAACGCCUUCAGGCUGCCCUGCUGUGACCAAGCGAUAUGCGAAGGCUGCCAAACGUCUCUCCCCUCCAGCUGCCCCGUGUGCGAUCACAGCCCUCUUGACGCUGAACUCUGCAAGCCGAACAAGGCUCUCCGCACUACCUUAAAGGCAUUUCUGCGGACUGAGGAGAAGAAACGCGAGAAGAGCAGACCUACACAGGACUCUACUCCUCCGGCUUCUACCCCUGCCGAGAAGACAGACACUCCUGCUGAGCCAGAACAGACGCAGGCCACAGCUGGUGCCGCCACCGCCGAUGUGGCCGACCCUGCACCAGCCAGCCAUGUCACCGCUGCAGCUGAUGGCCAGAAUGACGUGAAUGGCAGCCAACAACCCGCCAGUGGAGAAAAUCCAGAGUCACGGGUUGGGAAUGACAUCAAAGACGACAAGGAGACGAACUCGAACAAGGCCAGUGAAUCGCAGAGCACUGAACCUGCCACGGCCGAACCUGAAGCUCCUCCUCCCGCCUCGACGGCUGGCGUGGAGGACGGCGCUGCCGCAACGUCGGAUGCCAACCUGCAGGAAGGAGGGUAUACCAAUGGAUUCGGGCAGAUGGGCUGGAACGGAGUCGGGGACCUCAACCAAGGAAUGCCCUUCAUGGCAAAUGGGAUGGUCAUGCCCCAAAACCCGAUGGGAGUCCCCGGUAUGUUUGGCAUGGGCAUGGAUCCGAUGACCGCGGCUCAGGGAAUGUUUACUGGCUACGGGAUGAAUAUGAAUGGGAUGAAUAAUAACAUGGGCAUGAUGAUGAAUUCCGGUGCUGGGCAAGGAAUGUAUGGAUCAUGGGAUGGUCAGAACAACAUGUGGAAUGGUGGCCCAGAUAACUUCAAUGGAAUUGCAUUCCCUAAUCGCAUGGGUGCCGACUUUGGCCCUACUCCUGGAGUUGGUGGAUAUAAUAUGUUACAGUCACAGUCACAACCUCACCAAAAAUUUCCUCACCUGCAUCAGCAACAGAAGUUUCCUAGCAAUGAUUUUCAAAACUCAUAUGGUCUCUACGGUCGCGGUGCUGGCCCUGUUGCCGGGCGAGGAGGGCGAGGAUUUGGCCCUGCUGGCCGUGGCCGCGGCUAUCAUGCUGCCAACAGCUAUCAAGGUAACCAUUUGUCCCCUAACAUGGGCGGCUUUCAGCGCCUUAACCAGCCUCAGUUCCAGCAGCAGCAGCAGCAGCAGCAGUUUUUCAAUGGUGUUCCAGACCAGCCGCAGGCUCAGGUGAAUGAUAGCCUCUGCCCCGGCGGCGAGGAGGAGAUGAGAGAGAAUCAGCCAAAGGGGGAAGAGACCGAGUCUACUGCACAAAAACCUCAGACUGACGGCGAGGCAGCGAAUGAAGCUACGGUCGUGCCAACCGCAGACCAACCUGCAAAUACACAGGCAGAAAACACGACGACUACUACAACGGCUACUACAGCCAAUGGGACUGGCGAUGCUGCUCCCUCGUCUGCUGCCACCGGACAUACUAACCCCAUCCCUAGUUAUUCUAGCACCCCAGCCUUUGGCGGAGGCGGCAGAUAUCAUGGAAACGCAGUCGGUAUACAGUCGGCACCAUAUGUGAAUGGAAUAUCUAACGGAAUUCCCAACGGCAUAUCUAAUAGCCAGCUGCCUCCAAGUAACCCCAUGGCCAUGAAUGGCCUACGGGCACCGGGACUGGGGCCGGGUCCGGGGGUCGCGGGGGCUCCAGCUGCGCCUCGAGCCAUGAGAGAAGGCCUGCCGAAUACAAGCACUCGUAACAUCAGGGCUUUCACUCACAGUCGGACGGUAUCUAUCAGCCAGCCAUCCAUCAAGGAAUCACAGAGAUUAUCCCGUGCUAAUCCAUUCAAAUUUUACGGCUACAGUUCAUCACCGACCAAGCGUGAUGCAGAACAGGAUGCACCGGUCCCAAGAUCUAGGUCUAGGUCGAAGUCCCAGCCAAGGUCUGGGUCGAGGUCAAGAUCCAAGUCACCUUCGCGCUAUAGGUCUCGACACCAUCGCUACCGUAGCCCUUCAGCUGGUCCUACGCAAAGUGAAGACGAGAGAAGACGGGAACGGCGCAAUAAACGCGCUCGUCGUGAUGAUAAUGAUAGGGAGCCUGAUACCAAUGACGGUAGGCGGGCUACUUCUCGAAUUCGUUCGCUUUCCCCGUCCGCGGAUCCCAAAUCCUCAUCAUAUCGCAGCAGACGGGACCGAGAGCGUGACGACAGCUCUUCAAAACGCUCUCGUCGCCGUCGCAGUCGUAGCCCAAGCAGACGGGAUAGCAGAGUCAUUGAUAUUUCUGAUAAAAGUGACCCUGGGCUCUCUAUAAAAGGCACUUCGUCACAUCGACGGGAGAAACAUAGGCCUCGUGAAGAUGCCGACGAUACCGGGGACGACCGUCACAGGCAGAGAGAUAAAGGCCGUGACCGUCAUCGUGAGCGUGAGCGGGACAGAGACCGUGAUCGGGACAGAGAAAGGGACAGAGACAGGGAUCGAGACAGGGACCGAGACAGGGACCGAGAUAGAGACAGAGACAGAGACAGAGACAGAGACCGCCGUGACCGUAAAAGGUCUCGCCGUGAUUACUCCGAGUCUCGAGAUGACGAUGAAUACAACGAUCGUCGCUCCCGUCGCCCCCGGCAUGAAGAUGACGGUGAACAAGCAGGUAAAGACAAGGGAGCCGCGGCAACCGAGCAGUCUAGAUCAGGCAGCUCGUCGAAGAAAGGAACGGGAGCCGAAAAGGAUCCCCAUACCCUUGAACGAGAGGCUCGAAACAGAGAACGGCUCCUCAAGGAACAGCAGCGGCGAGAGGCCGUCAACGCCGACCGUGAUGGCAAGGGAAGCGGCCGUCGUCGUGAUGCUAAGCUUGACCGCAAUCUACUGGGGAGAAAACUGAGCUACAAGUAUGAAGAUGAACUUGGUGACCAUGAGCGGGAGCGGGAGUCGGUUCGGUGGACCUGA